UGAAGUUGACCAGCACUGUGAUGAAGUUCCUGCCUGUCAGGCUUGCUUAAAUUACAGUGGCUUUAGCAGAAAAGAUGCGGUGGAAGUGAACGAUGAAGUGCAUGAAUAAAAGUGGGUUAAAUUUCUGUGUAUUCUUGACAAUUUCUGUAUUUUAUUUAAUCUUUUUGACAUGAUUUAGGCUGUUUUUAAUGAAGAAGUGAAUAACCUUGAUGAAUGUCAAAAGAUGUUUUAUAAAAAUCAAAUUCAAAAUGCCUCAGUUUCAACACACGCAAGAAGAUAUCACCCGGAUGUAAUCAGAUGGGCUAUUGAACUUUUAUGCUGUUCACCUGCUGCUAAUGACCAUAUAAGACAAAGCAAUAUUUUAUUUCUUUCCUCCGUCUCCACCAUUAAAAGUUACAGAAAUUGCAUUCCUGCUACAACAGGUUUAAACAAAACUGCAAUUGCUGAAAUAGAACGU